AGUGACUGCUUAUCACUAGCCACAAGAGCAAUCGACAAAGCUCGAUUUGAAGUGUAUUUAAGUGGCAAAAGUGGCAGCGGCAGAUCAGUCAAACACUUGACGCCGUAGAAAAGUCAGCGCUCGCAUUCGUAAAUAUUUUUCUGAAUUCUACUUAAAAAUGGCACGUCUACUGUGUUUCGUGUUUUUGGGGAUCGCGCUUCCCGCCUGUUUUGCGCUCAGGAUCCAGCCACGCAGCUCCUGGAACGCGGCGCCUGCUCGCUCACCCGCACGCAUACCCGGCAAGGUCGACUAUGUCAUCAUUCAUCAUUCCGACAUUCCGAAUGCCUGCAGCACCGAGACGGAAUGCAAGCGCUUCAUCAAGAACAUUCAGACCGAUCACAAGGAGCGCCGCAAGUUUAGCGAUAUUGGCUACAACUUUAUAAUUGCCGGCGAUGGCAGUAUCUACGAGGGCCGUGGCUUCGGCUUGCAGGGCGCGCACGCACCCAACUACAACCGCAACAGCAUUGGCGUUGUCUUCAUCGGCAACUUUGAAAAUACGACACCCUCUCAAACGAUGUUGCAGAACGCCAAAGACCUGAUGGCACAUGCGGUGCAAAAGGGUUAUUUGAAGGAUAAUUACACAGUGCUGGGUCACAGACAAACCAAGGCGACCACCUGCCCGGGACAGCGUUUGUACGACGAAAUCAAAACAUGGCCCCAUUGGAAGAGGCUCUGAAUUCUGCUGUCGAUGGCAUUAUAAUUGGGGUUUCGUAGUGUCAAACACAGUGAUGAAAAUUAUUGUAUUUUAUAUAAUUAUAACUAUUAUAAAGCUAAUUAGUUAAAGAGAGAUAAGACAUUUGCCUAAUUGCGUAAGUCGCCAGUCAGAGGUGAGAGAAGUCAGAUUUCAUGUUUUGAGGUCCAACACUAGCAACGAAUCUAAGAAUAUAUGUACCUAUGUACAUAGCCUACCAGUUGGGAUGAUAUGGUAGAUAAGGAGAUGUGUGCGUUGAGUCCGUGUUUACCAGCCGGCGUUUUGUUGGUUCGUCAGAGGCAAAAAGAGAAGAAAAUGUUGAAAGUUAUAUCCACUAGCGAAUUUCAAACCAUGAAUUUUGUUUUCAUAUAUAAUAUAUAGAAUGUACACAUAUUUGAAAAUAUUCUCCGAACAGUGUUAGAUGACCCGUCUAAUGGUUUCGGAGAUAUGAGAGAGAUUAAUGUAAUCGGCUCCCGAAACCCGAAGGCGCAUUUUUUUCAAAAAUCAAUUCACCUCGCAUUCAGAUUCUUAUUAUGAUCUCGAGUUGUUUAUUCUUACAAUUAUGAAGUAAUAAAUAUUUUCAUUGUAAUUU